AUGGACCCGACGCCCUACGAAAACCCGAGGUUCUAUUUUUUGGCGUUGCGAAUACUCGGCAUCUUCGGCACGCUAUUCAACGCGUUGACCACCUACAUAAUUCUAAAGCAUUCGCCGCCGGUGAUGCGCACCUAUCGAUAUUACCUAGUUUUCUAUCAAAUAUUGUCUUCUUCCACAUCGCUAAUUCUGCCGCUAGCUAAAGUGGAGAUGUUCCCCCCAAAGACUGUGCUGAGACUGGUGAUUCUUUGGCCAGAAGGAGGAGCCGGGAUAAAAGCAGCGAUGAGCCUAGGCAUGUUUGUUGGGAUCGGAUUUUGCACCGCAAACACUCAGUGUGUGGUUUUUAAACAUAAUCAACUGCUUCCGCCACAUCACCGGCUUCGUUUUCAUCGGACGACCUAUAUUUUACUAGCGCUUUUCCAUUAUAUCGGUCUCCCCGCCGUUUAUCUAUACGGCUUCCAAAUGGGCAGCGCCGAUCUGGUCGCUAAUUCGCCCCUGCGCGGCAGCAUUUUGGAGCAGUAUCCAGAGUAUGCCAGUAUAUUUCUCUCGCCAAAUAUCUGGAUUUACAAUCUUUCGGCUAAGGUGCCAUUAUUCGGCGUCUCAAUCUUCGAAUUUAUGUGUAUUCUCGGGAUCUGUAUGUCGCAUCAAAUGGUGUUUGUAUCGGCACUUCUUCUUCAUUCAUACCACUUGUUGAAGAGGAACACAAUGAUGAGCGAGUCCACGAAGCGCUUGCAGAAGAAGCUCGUACAAAAUUUAUCGAUGCAGGUUUCGAUCCCUGGAUACACGAUUGUAAUCCCGGCCUUGACCCUAACUAUAGCUACCGUUGCCGAGGUUUUUGUGGCGCCAGCCCUGGCGAACGCGAUGUUUCUGCUCUUCACCUGUUACGGUCCAGUGUCAUCGAUAUCGAUCAUCGCACCGUCUCCAACCUACCGGCGAAAGCUUUUCAGCCUUCUGGCAAGGCUGCCUUCAGGUCGCGACACGAGCCUCAUCAGUGUGGAGGGUCGUACGCGGCGCGAACCUCAGAAAAACUCAAAAAGAUCAUUCAAA